CAGCUCUUCUAGCGGAGAGGAACUUCGGGUGUGGCGUGGCAGCGCCGAAAACACAGAAAUAAAUCACAACGUGUUGAAACGAAUCGACUACCUAACGGUGUCUGUGGAUACGGAUGAAACCGGAGAAUUGAACAUCAUUGCAGCAGGCUAAAAUCCAUCAGCGGUGUCGUGGAGAGAAAUUUAUCUCAGUCGGAGUCAGAUUUUAACCAGUCGAGUCUUCCACACCGAACUUCGGUGGUCCAUUUCGUUGCUGUACCUGACACACGCGAGAGGUUUGUCUUGGAUAUUUGAAGAACUUUUUGGAUGUGUUGAUGUGUUUUUAAACAUUUUAAAGGGAGAUUCUUCCAGUUGUGACAAACAGCUGGUGCGCUCCACUACUACUCAUUGGAUAAACCAUAAUUGCGACUCACGAUUUUUCUAAACUGUGAUACGUCGGUGGAAUAUUAAUUGCGCCUUUCUUCUGGUGUAGGCUAUAUAGCCAGAAGUGUUGGAUUCCCUUCAUAGGUUAGUCAGAACGUUGGAACUUGCUCUUUUACACACAAGCUCACUUUUAAAGUGGCUUGUUGGUGAAUUUUGAAGUGCGCGCAGUAAAAGAGGAAGUUACAGUUUACAACACAAGUCACGGAACCGUGCUUUUGGUUUAACAAAAAAGGUGUUCCAUUGCCUGGCAAAACUUAGCCCCCCGUGGCCUGACUACCCCGUUUCUCCAAUCCUAUCCCAACCAUCAGGCGCCCUGAAGCGUGCACUUGGAACCAUGGGCUGUACUGUCAGUCAGGAGGACAAGGCAGCCGCCGAAAGAUCCAAAAACAUUGACAGAGGUCUUCGAGAGGAUGGAGAGAAGGCAGCUAAGGAAGUGAAACUGCUGCUCUUGGGUGCUGGAGAGUCGGGCAAGAGCACCAUCGUCAAGCAGAUGAAGAUCAUCCACGAGGAUGGCUACUCAGAAGAGGAGUGUAAGCAGUACCGGGCCGUGGUGUACAGCAACACCAUCCAGUCCAUCAUGGCCAUCAUCAAGGCCAUGUCCUGCCUCAAGAUCGACUACGAGGACGCCACCAGAUCCGAUGAUGCGCGUCAGCUGUUUGCGCUGUCUGCGGCGGCAGAGGAGCAGGGCGCGCUGCCGGACGACCUGUCCAACGUCAUCCAGCGCCUCUGGGGCGACGGCGGCGUGCAGAACUGCUUCACCCGCGCGCGAGAGUACCAGCUCAACGACUCGGCCGCAUAUUACCUGAAUGACCUGGAGAGGAUAGCCAAGUCGGACUACAUUCCCACGCAGCAGGACGUGCUGCGCACCCGAGUGAAGACCACUGGCAUUGUGGAGACCCAUUUCACCUUCAAGGACCUGCAUUUCAAGAUGUUUGACGUGGGUGGCCAGAGAUCGGAGCGUAAGAAGUGGAUCCACUGCUUCGAGGGUGUGACCGCCAUCAUCUUCUGCGUGGCCAUGAGUGCCUAUGACCUGGUGUUGGCUGAGGACGAGGAGAUGAACCGCAUGCACGAGAGCAUGAAGCUGUUUGACAGCAUCUGCAACAACAAGUGGUUCACCGAGACCUCCAUCAUCCUCUUCCUGAACAAGAAGGACCUGUUUGAGGACAAGAUCAAGAGCAGCGCCCUCUCCAUCUGCUUCCCAGAGUACACUGGGCCCAACAAAUACGACGAGGCGUCCGAGUACAUCCGGACAAAGUUCGAGGACCUGAACAAGAAGAAGGACACCAAGGAGAUCUACUCCCACUUCACCUGCGCCACCGACACCAAGAACGUGCAGUUUGUAUUCGACGCAGUCACCGACGUCAUCAUCAAGAACAACCUGAAGGACUGCGGACUCUUCUAGAAUUGCAGGAACACUGCUGGGGGGGGAAGAGCCGAGAUUACUUGAACAGCUCCGAUGACCCGACAGGAUAAGGAGGGAGGGGACCUGUUUUGACCAACUGCUCUGGCCAUCCCCAUACAGUACCUGCUUUGAUUCUGCUUUUUGUAAAGACAACAUGAAAGACUGUGCCAUGGUGGUGGGGUGGGGUGGGGCUUCAGGGGUAAGGUAUAUGGCUACCUGUUCUGUACCCCCCACCCCCAUGCUCCACCACUUCUCCUCUCCUCUCCUCUCCUCUCCUCUUAUCUCCUCUCGCUCCAGACCUGCCCCAGCCCAGCUCACUGUUGAUAUUUCCAUUUCAAAGCAGAGUCGGUUCCAUAUUUUCUCGUAUUAACUUCUUGGGCUUUGACCACAAAUCAACAAUUCUGUUUUUUUGUUUCGUUUGGUUUCGUUUCAUUUCGUUUUGUUUGUGGUUUUCUGUUGUUGAUUAUUAGAGAUGCAACAUAAAACCCCAUUUUAUAUAUAUAAAUAUAUAAAUACAUUCAUUUUACUUUAGAGAAUCUGAUGUGCAAAAUUUUAUUAAACUUUUAAUUGCAUAAAGCUUAUUUUUUAAGAAAAGAUGCAUCAGCAUGGAUAGGGAGAAUGGUCAAAAAAGGAAAGAGCUUUUUUUUAUAAUGUUUACAUGAAGUCCGCAUUCGUAGUCCAGCUGCAUAUGUGUCCUGCAUGACUGAUAGCCAGUGUACUAGCUGAAUAACCUGCACACCAUAGCAUAACAUUCCUUUGUCAAAAACAUACAUAAAAAGCAAAAAAAAGGUCUGAAAAAUACAAAAAAAUAAAGAAAACAUUUUAAAAUGCUUAUAAAAAAAAAGCUUCACUCGAGAGGAAAAAUGUGCUAACAUUUUUAAUGGACAUUUAAAGUAUGACCAGGAAGUAUCUAACAAUUUGUUUUUUAUUAUUAUUAUUAUGAUGAUGAUGAUGAUGAUGCUGAUUUUAUUGUUGUCCCAUUCCUCAACCUUUGCAUUAUGUUUGUGCCUUGAGUUUACAAUGGACUCGUGGAGGUGAUCUCUUCGGUAACGCUAUACUUGACGCCGGUGUCAUAAGCAUGUCAUUACAGUGUCAUAAUAGUGUCAUGGCACAGUUAUGCAUGUGUCAUAAAUAUUAUGUCCAUGUCAUAAACAUUUUAAGAGUUGUCUUUGCCAUAACCGAAGGUCACUUAAGACCAACAGUCAUAAAAUGCUUAUGACAUGUACAUAAUGAUACUAUUAUGACACUGUAAUGACAUGCUUAUGACACCGACGUCAAGUAAAGUGUUACCAUCUCUUCUUAGUGCUGUUUGAACCUGCUGUUCCGUACUUUUUGCUCUUCUUGUUCUGCACAUGUCUAAGGAUAAAUAGUGAUUAACAAGACACAUUCUAAUUGAGGAAAAAAAAGGUAGGGUUUUUUUUUUUUUUUUGGUUAAAAAAAAAAACAUUUCAAAAUGCGUUGAAAGUCCUAUAUAAUGAUUUAAUUUAAAUAAAAGUCCUUCCACCAGA